CAAGGGAGCCGAAGCCUGCCGUGGCCUCCCUUUCCCCGUGUGCUGGAUGAGCCCCUUCCAACAGUCGGCCCUCCCUCCCCUUCCCUUCCCUCCCCAGGUAAUUUCAAGCCCAGUGAAAGGGGACAGAUCCUGAAGAAGUUCAGCGCGGUGGAAGACGCCUGUCUGGCCCAGCUGAUGACCGACGCCCUGCGCCCCUUCGUGCCGGCCUACCACGGCCUGGUGGAAAUGGGUGGGGAGCGCUAUAUCCAGAUGGACGACUUGCUGCGCGGCCUCGACCUGCCCAGCAUCAUGGACUGCAAGAUGGGCACAAGGACCUACCUGGAGGAGGAGCUGUGCAAGGCGCAUCAGCGGCCAGUGGCGCGCCGGGACCUGUACCAGAAGAUGGUCAAGGUGGACCCGCUGGCCCCCACGGCCCAGGAGCACUCCCAGGCCGCUGUCACCAAGCCCCGCUACAUGCAGUGGCGGGAGGGGAUCAGCUCCAGCGCCACCCUUGGCUUCCGCAUCGAGGGCAUCACGAUCGAGGGGGGAGCGGUGCAGCGGGACUUUAAAAGGACCCGGACGAAGGAGGACAUUGUGGAGAUCUUUAUGAUGUUCACCAAAAGCCGCGCGGACGUUCUGGUGAGCCCUGGAAUCGAAGGGGAGAAGAGGGUCGAAAUCCAGAUCCCUAACGAGAACCAGGCCAGAUCCUAUUGGCCUGCCCGGUGCGAAGACUGGGACGUUCGUUUUAAAAAAUAGUCCAUUAAGGCCACAGUGUUGAGCUUGCAAGAGCAGCGUAGAGCUGGUAAUGACAGGAAUGAUGAUGGUCUUAUGAAUGAGGGGCCUUGAUGGCGCAUAACAAGAGAUCCUUAUCUAUAAAGUCCUGGACAGUUUGGGUCUGGGCUGUCGGAAGGAUUGCUCCUCCCCACACUGGCCUUCCCAGUCCUUAAGCUCUUCCGAGGAAGGCCU